AUGGCCGACGUUAACGUUGAUGUCCUCGUCAUUGGCAUGGGACCUACUGGUCUCGGUGCUGCCAAGCGUCUCAACCACAUUAACGGCCCUUCAUGGCUGAUUGUCGACUCGUCUGACAAGGCUGGUGGUCUUGCCAGCACUGACACCACCCCCGAGGGUUUCCUGUACGAUGUCGGUGGCCACGUUAUCUUCUCCCAUUACAAGUACUUCGACGACUGCAUCGACGAGGCUCUCCCCAAGGACGAUGACUGGUACACUCACCAGCGAAUCUCCUACGUUCGCUACAAGGGCCUCUGGGUCCCUUACCCCUUCCAGAACAACAUCUCCAUGCUUCCCAAGGAGGACCAGGUCGACUGUAUCGAGGGUAUCAUCGACUCUGCUCUCGAGUGCCGGGUCGCCAACACCAAGCCCAAGGACUUCGACGAGUGGAUUGUGCGCAUGAUGGGUGAGGGUAUUGCCAACAUCUUCAUGCGACCUUACAACUACAAGGUCUGGGCUGUUCCCACCAACAAGAUGCAAUGCCAGUGGCUCGGUGAGCGUGUCGCCGCUCCUGAUGCUAAGCUCGUUACCAAGAACGUCAUCCUCAACAAGGUUGCUGGUAACUGGGGCCCCAACGCUACUUUCCGAUUCCCUGCCCGUGAUGGUACCGGUGGUAUCUGGAUUGCCGUCGCUGAGACCAUCCCCAAGGAGAAGAAGCGAUUCGGUAAGCAGGGUACAGUCACCAAGAUCGAUGCCGAGAAGAAGGUUGCCCACUUCGCCGACGGCAGCACCAUCAGCUACAACAAGCUCAUCAACACCAUGGCUGUUGACCACCUCGCCGAGAAGAUGGGUAACAAGGAGCUCAUCAGCCUCACCAAGGAGCUCUACUACUCUACUACCCACGUUAUUGGUGUCGGUAUCCGAGGUGAGCGCCCUGAGCGCAUCGGUGACAAGUGCUGGUUGUACUUCCCCGAGGACAACUGCCCCUUCUACCGCGCCACCAUCUUCUCCAACUACUCCCCCUACAACCAGCCUCAAAAGGACGCCAAGCUCCCCACUCUCUACCUCGCCAACGGUGAGAAGGCUGCCUCUUCUGAGGCUAAGGAGGGUCCUUACUGGUCCAUCAUGCUGGAGGUUUCCCAGUCUACCAUGAAGCCUGUUGAUGUUGAGAACCUCCUCAAGGACAGCAUCCAGGGUCUUAUCAACACUGAGAUGAUCAAGCCCGAGGACGAGAUCGUCUCCACCUACCACCGUGCUUUCGACCACGGUUACCCCACUCCUACCCUUGAGCGUGAGGGAGUCCUCAAGCAGGUCCUCCCCAAGCUCGAGUCCAUGGACAUCCUGUCCCGUGGCCGAUUCGGCAGCUGGCGAUACGAGGUCGGUAACCAGGACCACUCCUUUAUGCUCGGCGUGGAGGCUGUCGAUGCCGUCCACAGCGGUGCUGUCGAGCUGACCCUCAACUACCCUGACUUUGUCAACUCCCGCCAGAACACUGAGCGUCGCCUUACACAAAACUUCAUCCUGUCUCCUCCUCAGACCAACGGCUCCAAGGAGAUCCCUAGCCACUCCAAGGCUCAGUAA